AUGGAGAACAAUUCUCCUGGUUUCUCUUUGUUACGGAUCAAAGCCUCUGACCCAGAUAAAGGUCAGAAUGCACAGAUAUCAUAUUUUCUUAUCGACGGUGAUGUCAACGGAAAUCUGGCCUCCGCAUACUUCUCCAUCAAUGCGGAGAGCGGAGAGAUUCAGGCCAUACGUUCACUCGACUACGAACAAGUCAAAGAGUACAAAAUAUUAGUUAAAGCUCAAGAUGGGGGCUCGCCACCUCUCAUUAGUAACACGACAGUCAUUAUACACGUUCAAGACCAGAACGACAACGCCCCUCAGGUGCUGUAUCCAGUCCAGACUGGUGGCUCUCUGGUGGCUGAAAUGGUGCCUCGUUCAGCAGAGGUGGGCUAUCUGGUAACUAAAGUGGUGGCUGUUGAUGUGGACUCUGGCCAGAAUGCCUGGCUCUCCUAUAAACUGCAGAAGGCCACAGACAGGGCGCUGUUUGAGGUGGGCUUACAGAAUGGGGAAAUCAGAACUAUCCGCCAAGUCACUGAUAAAGAUGCUGUGAAACAAAGGCUAACUGUUGUGGUGGAGGACAACGGCCAUCCCUCUCGUUCAGCUACAGUCAAUGUUAACGUGGCGGUGGCGGACAGCUUCCCUGAAGUGCUGUCGGAGUUCACUGACUUUACACAGGACAAGGAGUACAAUGACAAUCUGACUUUUUACUUGGUCUUGGCUUUGGCUGUGGUUUCAUUUCUGUUCAUCACGUGCGUGGUGGUUAUUAUAUCAGUGAAAAUCCACAGGUGGAGACAGUCUCGCAUCCUGUAUCAGUCCAACCUGCCGGUGAUUCCAUAUUACCCCCCACGUUACUCAGACACUUUGGGAACAGGAACUCUCCCACACGUGUACAAUUACGAGGUGUGCCGGACGACUGACUCCAGAAAGAGUGACUGUAAAUACAUGCAGCCCAUGAGUCAGAGUUUGCUGAGUGUUGAUGGAGUUGGGACUGAUACACUGCAGAAGGAGAAGCAAUCAUCUGCGCUGUCUCAGAUGUUGACUCUGCGAGCAGGUCUGUUUUAUUUCCUGCUUUAUGUGGCUAACCUGGUCGGUGGCCAGAUUCGGUAUUCUAUACCAGAGGAGAUGAAGAAAGGGUCUCUUAUCGGUAACGUAGCUCAAGAUCUUGGAUUGGAUCUGAAAAGGCUCCGCUCUGGCCGGGCUCGUAUCGUGACCGGAGAAAAUAUCCAGUACACUGAGCUGAAGACAGACAAAGGGAUCCUAGUCGUGAAUGAGAGAAUAGACAGAGAGCAACUUUGUGGGGAUGUAACCCCGUGCAGCUUGACCUUCGAAAUUAUUUUAGAAAAUCCGAUGGAAUUACAUAGAGUGACUAUUGAAAUUAUGGAUCAGAACGACAACGCCCCUCAGGUGCUGUACCCAGUCCAGACUGGUGGCUCUCUGGUGGCUGAAAUGGUGCCUCGUUCAGCAGAUGUGGGCUAUCUGGUGACUAAAGUGGUGGCUGUUGAUGUGGACUCUGGCCAGAAUGCCUGGCUCUCCUAUAAACUGCAGAAAGCCACAGACAGGGCGUUGUUUGAAGUGGGCUUACAGAAUGGGGAAAUCAGAACUAUCCGCCAAGUCACUGAUAAAGAUGCUGUGAAACAAAGGCUGACUGUUGUGGUGGAGGACAACGGCCAGCCCUCUCGUUCAGCUACAGUCAUUGUUAACGUGGCGGUGGCGGACAGCUUCCCUGAAGUGCUGUUGGAGUUCACUGACAUCACACAAGACAAGGAGUACAAUGACAACCUGACUUUUUACUUGGUCUUGGCUUUGACUGUGGUUUCCUUUCUGUUCAUCACGUGCCUGGUGGUUAUUAUAUCAGUGAAAAUCCACAGAUGGAGACAGUCUCGCAUCCUGUAUCAGUCCAACCUGCCGGUGAUUCCAUAUUAUCCCCCACGUUACUCAGACACUUUGGGGACAGGGACUCUCCCACACGUGUACAAUUACGAGGUGUGCAGGACAACUGACUCCAGAAAGAGUGACUGUAAGUUUGGCAGAGCCGGUAGUCAGAACGUCCUGAUAAUGGAUCACAGUUCAACAGGGACGAUGCAGCGGAUACAGAGUGACAAGAGCAUCCUGGAUGAACCAGACUCUCCUCUAGAGGUUAGUUAA